UAGCCAUUCAAGGACCAGGCAGGAAACAGACAUGGCUCGUGGACAAAUGUUGCCGGCUCUGUUGGUGGCGGUGUUGGCCGCCAGCUGUCAGCGAGCGAUGUGCGGCCACGCCCACUCGUACGCCCACCAGACGGGUCCCGUGGUGGGUCCUGCCCACCCAGUCACCGUGGAGCACUCCGGACACGUGGGCUACGGACACGGACACGGAGGACACAGCGUCGACUACGUGGCGUACCCGAAGUACGAGUUCGAGUACGGGGUGUCUGACGGGCACACAGGGGACCACCACUCCCAGAAGGAGCACCGCGACGGAGACGUCGUGACCGGCGAGUACUCGCUCAAGGAGGCGGACGGCAGCGUGCGCACCGUCAAGUACCACGCCGACAAGUCCGGCUUCCACCCCGUCGUGCACCACUCGCACCACGUGUCAUGGAGUGUGUUCCUGCAGACGGCGUCGGCACUGUUGGUGGCGGUGGUGGCUGCCACCUGUCAUCAGUCACUGUGUGGCCACGCCCACUCCUACGCCCACCAGACGACUCCUGUGGUGGGCCCCGCCCAUCCCGUCACUGUGGGACACGCCGGCUACGGCGGUUAUGGACACGGACAUGGAGGACACAGUGUUGACUACGUGGCGUACCCGAAGUACGAGUUCGAGUACGGGGUGUCUGACGGGCACACAGGGGACCACCACUCCCAGAAGGAGCACCGCGACGGAGACGUGGUGACUGGCGAGUACUCGCUCAAGGAGGCGGACGGCAGCGUGCGCACCGUCAAGUACCACGCCGACAAGUCCGGCUUCCACCCCGUCGUGCACCACUCGCACCACGGCUACGGCGCUUCACCUGACGCAGGAUUCCCACGAGGUUACGCACACUACUGAGGGUGCCUCUUCUGCAGCAGCUGGAGCCCAGAUUGCAGAGACUGCCUUCCGCCACGUCUCCUCACGCCCUUAGUGAUAAGCUUCUACUGAUCUCGUAAAAGCAACAUCGUAAGCACGCUGUCUUAGUAUCUUAAGUGCAGUAUUGUAAACUUCAGCAAGCAUUUAUUAUUCCCUUGAAACCAGUUCCCCCAUUCCACGACAUGUGAUUAUAAUGUAGCCAAGUUCCUAUUAGUGAGAUGAAUGUUCACUCCAUACUAACCCUGCUGUACUGCGCCACGUCGGAAGAAACUGCCUUGUGAAACAUUUUACUUCUUUUAGUGUAAGUGCAGUCUGUACCGUUAUUUUUGUAUUGGUUGUAUAUUAAUACUUUUGUA